AUGACAACAAUUAAAUUACAAAAUUUACAAAUAAAUCAAUUAAAACAAGUGUUGAAAGAACAACAAAUGAUAUUUGAUAAAGUACAAAAAACAUUGGUAAUAGCUAAUAAAAGAGCUGAUGAUACAGAGCAACGAUUGAAGGAUUCGAGCCAAGAAGUGGCGACGUUAGAGAAAGAAAUGUCGAGUUUGAAACUUGAAUUAACCAAUAAGUCAAGAUUAUUAGAUAAAUCAUUAAAGAAAUCAGAUGAAUUGGAAAGAUUGUUGAUUAAGGCACAAAGUGAAGGUCAUCAACAAAAUCAAGAUCAACAAUUAUCACAAGAAAUCAUCUCUGGUUCUUCUAGUUCACCAUAUCCAAAAAAAACAAAACUUUCUCCUGUAUUAGAAGAAGCAAUAUUAUUGUCUAGUCAAGAAUCUAUCCUCAAAUUAUCAUCAACUAAUAAAGAUGUUAAAGGUAAACAAAAAGUGGCUCAACAAGAGGCUCAACAACGACAGGCUCGAUCACAGCAAAUUCAACAAGAGGCUCAACAAGAGUUGUCAGGAACAACAAAAUCAAACACUGUAGAGAUAAAGGAACACGAUAAUUAUAAGCCACAUAAAACAUAUGUCGAAUAUUCGAAUACACCUGGUAAAGUGUCAUUUGAUGGCAAAAUACCAAACAACCAAUCGAAUCUCACAAAAAGUUUAAGAGGAAAUAUUAGAAAUGCGGUGAUAAUUGAAAAUAAUGAUUUUAAUAUUAUUGAUAAUGGCAGUGAUAAUAGUAUUGGUAAUGGCAUUGAUAACAAUGAAAAUGAAGAAGAUCAAAAUCCAGUAUUAAACAAUGAUGAUAAUAUAACUCGAACAUUACCAUUACAAGAUUCUCAAUUAUAUCAACAACACAAUCAUCAGAUGGAAAAAAAUGACAGCAGUGUUGAGGGCAGUGGCACGUUGUCGAAAAAAAGUAGUUUUGAAAAAUUACGAGAAGGUUCCCCCGUCAACAACAACAAUAUUCAGCAACGACCACGUGGUGCUCGUCCAUUAGAUAAAAAAACAAUUUUUAUACCCAUUCGUAUGAAUAAUAACAACGUUAAUAAUGUUGAUGUUGGAAUUAUAGUUGGAAGUAAAACUGAACAAGUCCUUAUACCUGAAAGUCCGAUAAUUCCAAUACAUAAUCACCAUAUUCAACAACAACAGCAAACAAUUUUAUCGUCGACUUUAGAAAAUGACGAAUUUUUCCGUGAAUUAGAAAAACAAAAGCAAAACAUAAUUGAUGCAAAAAAAAGAGAAAAUCUUAUGAAGUCGACUAAAGAAUUAGAAUUUAAUUCGUGUGGUAAUGAAAUAAUGAAUAAUCUUGAAGUUGGAUCAGAUAAAUAUAAAAUAGUCGAUGUUAUUGUAAAGAUGAAACAACAAUUAAAAUACUACAAGACAAAUAUAAAACUUCAGUCACAAUUAGCAUCACAAAAAAUUUCAGAAAGUGAAAAGUCUCGUAUAGAUGCAUUAGACGAAGUAGCAACAAUUAAAUUACAAAAUUUACAAAUAAAUCAAUUAAAACAAGUGUUGAAAGAACAACAAAUGAUAUUUGAUAAAGUACAAAAAACAUUGGUAAUAGCUAAUAAAAGAGCUGAUGAUACAGAGCAACGAUUGAAGGAUUCGAGCCAAGAAGUGGCGACGUUAGAGAAAGAAAUGUCGAGUUUGAAACUUGAAUUAACCAAUAAGUCAAGAUUAUUAGAUAAAUCAUUAAAGAAAUCAGAUGAAUUGGAAAGAUUGUUGAUUAAGGCACAAAGUGAAGACAACAACGAUGAAAACGAUGAAUAUGAUGAUUAUUUUGAAUAUGAUAAUAAUAAUAUUAUUAUUGAAAAUAAUAUUUAUGAUAACGUUGAUGAUAUUGGUGAUGACAAUGUUGUUGAUGAUAAUAAUGAUGGUAAUCAAUAUUUAUUAAUAUAA